AUGAAUUUCACCAAUUCGUUGCAGAAUCCAGCUGAUCUGGUAACUUAUCUGUACAUGGACGCACCGGUCACGCCAGACGCACCACUCGCUUCUCAAUUCCCUGCAUCGAAGUCCAUUCCUAAGCUUCCAUUGCAUCGCGAGUAGUUGUGGGAGGCUGGCCAGGUUUCGCGUUAAUUCGGUCGCCUUCGACCGGUGGUGGCCAUGUCGACGAACGGAGAGGUGAGAAAGGAUUCCAUGGCAGACGGUAUACCUAAACUGAUUUUGUAUUUCUGUGGCGACUAGAGCAAUGCCAACAUGGCGACGAAUAAUCAGGGAACCACGUCAACUACCAACGCACAGACAACGACUGCCACGACAACGGAUGGGAACGCCCAGACCACUACAGACGGCAACACUCAGGCCUCCAAUUCGCCCGAGGCGACGUCCGCAGCUUCAUACAACAAUCAAAAUGCGAACGGAGACUCGACAGCUAAUAACGACAACGGGGGCCAGUCGAAUGGCAAUGGUAGUCAGGGUGGUGGGGGUCUCCGAAUCCCUGUGAUCGUGGGUAUCGUCGUCGGUUCUGUCGCUGUGGUGCUUAUGAUUGCAGCCUUCAUCAUUUGGUACAAAAGGACCAAACGGUCGUAUUCGAGGAGUCCUCGCUACGAUACAACAAAUAACACAGGCACAUCCAGUAGCAGAAAGGAAUACGGAGACCGCGUGUACAGUCACGCUGUCCCCGUUGCCGUUCCGAUUUCAGGGGACGAGUACUAUGAUGAAAUCACCAGUAUCGAGAUCCUCGGACGACGCAGUGAGAUGGAGAGCGAAAGGAUGUCUGGUUCAUGGAACGAUCCAGAGAUCCUAGAAGCGCGGAUUCCAAUGGGGAAGCUGCGUGUACAGCAGCUCAUUAACCGAGGAGGAUUCGGCGAGGUGUUCCUCGGUACAUACAGAGGUCGUGCAGUGGCUGUCAAACGCUUGCUGCCGGACAGGAGUAAAAACCUGAGAGAAGUCGAGGCUUUUAUAGUGGAGAUCAAGAUAAUGCUGUCCAUGGAUCAUCCGCGGAUAGUUGGCUGUCUUGGUGUAGCAUGGGAGAGUUGGACAGACAUCUCAGCCGUCACAGAAUAUAUGGAAGGAGGUGAUCUUCGAACGGUACUGGAGCGGUUCGAACAGGAGGAGCACCGAGCUCACGGAUUCGACGACGACAAGCUGAAAAUCGCUCUCCACAUUGCUGAAGGGCUCACGUAUCUGCAUGGAAUGGAUCUGACGGUGUUGCAUCGUGACCUUAAGUCCAAGAAUAUUCUGUUAAACAAGAAUUUAGACGCCAAACUGACGGACUUCGGCGUGUCUCGAGAGAGCGCAGACAUCACGAUGACUGCUGGUGUCGGCACGUCGCUGUGGAUGGCGCCCGAGGUCAUGAUCGGCGACAGAUAUAACGAAAAGGCAGACAUGUUCUCGUUCGGAGUUGUGCUGGGAGAACUAGACUGUCAGCAGUUGCCGUACUCGCACGCAACGGAGCCCGGUACUGGACGAAAGUUGCCAGGUACAGCCAUUCUACAGAUGGUGGCGGCUGGUCAACUACGUCUGGAAAUCUCCCAGACGACUGCUACUGGAAUCUACGACUUGGUGAUGGCGUGUACGUCGCUGACGCCUUCGGACCGCCCGACAGCGGCUGAGGCGUUCGAGCGAUUGCAGUCCAUUGCCCGGGAAACACUUACGCUCUCAUCGCGAGGCGUACGUGGAGGAGAGGAAUUUGCUCUGUAGAUCCGGUGCAAUUUCGUCACGACGCAGAGGCAACCAAGUCAGCGCAUCCGGCUUUGCGUCUCGCCUCAAGUGUACGCUUGGUGCAUGGGGCGUUCUCGAAGCUCUUGUGAUGGGGGUUGAGUGGUUGCAGAGAGAUGGAAGAGCAACUUGCGGUCUACAUGUAAAAGUUGCGGGGAUGGCGCGAAAAAUUAGCAAGGGGAAAACUUGUUUGAAGAUGUGUGUACACUUUUUUCGAAGCGUGUGUCUAAAUUUUGGUAAGAUCAAUUUGUACUUCUGUAUUGAGCUCUA